GGGUCUGUGGGAGUAUGAGGAAGUACGUUUGAAUGCUUUGAAUGUUAAAGUCUUCUCGGUGGCUGUUCUGUCUGUGUGACUGUGUGUGCUGGAGACUUCCUGACUGUGAUGGUCGUGCUGUGAAGGGGCUAGUGUGGGAUUACCGACACACACAGUCUGGACUUUGAACACCUGGUCCAGGACCGUGGGAGAAGAGGGGCACACGCACCGCCGGCACGAUGGGCAGUAAGUAUCACUGGCAGAGUCAGAAUGUCAAGCAGAGUGGUGUGGACGACAUGGUGCUACUGUCCAAGAUCAGCGAAGACGCCAUCGUGGAGAACCUGAAGAAGAGAUACAUGGAUGACUACAUCUUCACCUAUAUUGGCUCUGUGUUGAUAUCAGUGAACCCUUUCAAACAGAUGCCCUACUUCACUGACCGGGAAAUUGAACUCUACCAAGGGGCUGCCCAGUAUGAAAACCCUCCCCACAUCUACGCCCUGACUGAUAACAUGUACAGGAACAUGAUGAUUGAUCAGGAGAACCAGUGUGUUAUUAUCAGUGGGGAGAGUGGAGCUGGGAAGACUGUGGCUGCAAAAUACAUUAUGGGUUACAUCUCCAAAGUAUCAGGAGGAGGUGAUAAAGUGCAGCAUGUGAAGGACAUCAUCCUCCAGUCCAAUCCUCUAUUAGAGGCCUUCGGCAAUGCCAAGACUGUCCGCAACAACAACUCCAGUCGUUUUGGUAAGUACUUUGAGAUCCAGUUUAGCAGAGGAGGAGAGCCGGACGGUGGUAAAAUCUCCAACUUCCUUCUUGAGAAGUCGAGGGUGGUGAGCCAGAAUGAGAACGAGAGGAACUUCCACGUCUACUACCAGCUAAUAGAAGGAGCCAACCCCCAGCAGAAAGAAGCCCUGGGCAUCAUGACUCCAGACUACUACUACUACCUGAACCAGUCUGGGACAUACAAAGUGGACGGAACCAACGACAGCAAGGACUUUCAGGAGACAAUGGAAGCCAUGAAUGUGAUUGGGAUCCCAGAGGCCUACCAGGCUCAGGGGCUGCAGAUCAUAACAGGAAUCCUGCACCUUGGAAACAUCAGCUUCAUAGAGGCAGGCAACUAUGGGCAGGUGGAGAGCACUGACUUGCUUGCCUUUCCUGCCUAUCUGCUGGGCGUUGACCCAACGCGUCUGCAAGACAAACUGACCAGCAGAAAGAUGGACUCAAAGUGGGGUGGAAAGUCUGAGUCCAUCGAUGUGACACUCAAUCAAGAACAAGCCACCUAUACCCGAGACGCCCUGGCUAAGGCCCUCUACACACGACUCUUUGACUACCUGGUGGAGGCAAUAAACAAAGCCAUACAGAAACCUCAUGAAGAAUACAGUAUAGGAGUACUUGACAUAUAUGGCUUUGAGAUAUUUCAGAGGAAUGGGUUUGAACAGUUCUGCAUCAACUUUGUCAACGAGAAGCUACAGCAGAUAUUUAUUGAGCUGACACUGAAGGCUGAACAGGAAGAGUAUGUUCAGGAAGGCAUCAAGUGGACACCAAUUGAGUAUUUCAACAACAAGGUUGUGUGUGACCUCAUCGAGAAUAAGUUGAACCCACCAGGCAUCAUGAGUGUGCUGGAUGAUGUGUGUGCCACCAUGCAUGCCAAGGGUGAGGGGGCAGAUGGCACCCUGCUCCAGAAGCUCUCUGCGGCGGUGGGCACUCACGAACACUUCAACAGCUGGAACUCUGGCUUUGUCAUCCACCACUAUGCAGGCAAGGUCUCCUACGAAAUAAAUGGCUUCUGUGAGAGAAACCGGGACGUGCUUUUUACUGACCUCAUUGAACUCAUGCAGAGCAGUGAACAUGACUUCAUCCGCAGCCUCUUCCCUGAAAACCUCAACACAGACAAGAAGAGCAGGCCCACUACUGCUAGCUCUAAGAUCAAGAAACAAGCCAAUGAUCUGGUGAACACGUUGAUGAAGUGCACCCCCCACUAUAUCCGAUGUAUCAAACCCAACGAGACUAAGAGACCCAAGGACUGGGAGGAGAGCCGGGCCAAGCACCAGGUGGAGUACCUUGGGCUGCGGGAGAACAUCCGUGUACGUCGAGCCGGCUACGCCUACCGCAGAGUCUUCAAUAAGUUCCUACAGAGGUAUGCCAUCCUGACGGCAGAGACGUGGCCGUGCUGGCGGGGGGGAGAGCAGCAGGGGGUCCUGCAUCUCCUCCGCUCUGUCAACAUGGACACAGAUCAGUACCAGAUGGGGCGCUCCAAGGUCUUUGUCAAGGCCCCAGAGUCGCUCUUCCUAUUGGAAGAGAUGCGGGAGAGGAAAUUCGACAUGUUCGCCAGGACCAUCCAGAAGGCCUGGAGAAGGUAUAUCGCCAGGAGGAAAUAUGAACAGAUGAGGGAGGAGGCCUCGGACAUCCUGUACAACUCUAAGGAGCGGAGGAGGAACAGCAUCAACAGGAACUUUGUAGGAGACUAUCUGGGCCUGGAGCAGAGGCCUGAGCUCAGACAGUUCCUGGCCAAGAGGGAGCGAGUCGACUUUGCAGACUCUGUCAACAAGUUUGACCGCAGGUUCAAUUCCAUCAAGAGGGACCUGAUUCUGUCUCCCAAGGGCAUCUACCUGAUAGGCAGAGAGAAGGUGAAGAAGGGGCCAGAGAAGGGACAGAUAAAAGAGGUGUUAAAGAGGAAGCUGGAGUUUGAGAGCAUCCACUCUGUCUCUCUUAGUAUGAGACAGGAUGAUUUCUUCAUCGUGCAUGAGGCUCAGUAUGACAGUCUGCUAGAGUCCAACUUCAAGACUGAGUUCCUCAGCCUGCUCUGUAAGCGCUAUGAAGAGGUGACCAAGAACAAGCUGUCUCUCUCCUUCAACGACAGACUGGAGUUCCGGGUGAAGAAGGAGGGCUGGGGUGGAGGGGGUACCCGUGUUGUGGUGUUCCAGAGGGGACAGGGAGACCUGGCAGAGAUCAAACCAGCUGGAAAGACCCUCACCAUCAACGUGGGAGACGGCCUGCCAAAGACCUCCAAGCCCACCAAGAAGGGAUCUCCACAGAACCAUGGAGGGGGCAGGAGUCAGCCUCCUAGCAGAGGGCACCAGAAUGGUGCACCCAGUGGUAGAGGUGCUCCACCGCCCCAGCAGCCAGAGCAAACCUACUCCAUGCCCCAGAAACAGAACCGGCCCCCCAGCGCCGCCCUCCCCAAACUGGGCUCCCUGAAUACAAGACGAGGCUCGGCUCAGACUCAGCAGGGGAACCUGGAUUUCCUCAACGUGCCUGACCAGGGCGUGUCUGGAAUGCAGAGGAAGAGGAGUAUCAGCAGCCAGCGGCCACCCCCGGCCCCAUCCAGCCGGCCCAAGGCCCAGCCACGCCCCACCGGCCCGCGUUGCCGGGCGCUGUACCAGUAUGCGGGCCAGGACACAGACGAGCUCAGCUUCGACACCAAUGAUAUCAUCGACCUGCUCAAUGAAGAUGCAUCCGGCUGGUGGAGAGGCAGGUUUUGUGGCAAGGAAGGACUCUUCCCUGGGAACUAUGUGGAGAAGAUCUGAUUACUGCCUGUCCUGUGGCCCAACAAACAAUGUAUACAACAGACAUGACAAUCCACUGUAAAGAAAUGGUGAAUUGCAUAUAAGCCUAACAGUAAUUACAAGAGAUAUCUGAUUUAUAAGCGUAUCAAUAGAAUCAUCACCAGUUCUUUAUAAUAUCUGCACAACAAUAUAAGUACAAAGUAAGAUGCAUGUUGGAAAGCUAGCUGAAACAGAGAACCGUGACUUUCUUUUUCCAGUUUCACAAAAGAGGACAGCUUUGAGGUGCUAACUCAAAAUAGGACGCAAUGAUUUGAUGCAUAUUAUUUAAAAAAUUGCUUUGUGAUAACCGUGAAACAAAUGUAAUGCCAUCAAGUGUAGAAUAAAAAGCAUCCCAGAAAUUCUGAUUUUGUCUUUGAGUAAAUACUACCUUUAAAGGGGCAAUCAACAGUUUCUACAUCCAUUUUGUUGACUAAUAAAUUAAUGAUAUGCCACCAUUGAGUCCUGAAAAAUAUAACUUAUAAAUGCCAUCAGAACCCAAAAUGCAAGCUUGUUUACCCCAAUGUUUGUAAACAAAGAAAAUGUCAACAAACACUAUACAGCCUCAAAACAUGGUUCAAACUACUUAUGAUUGCUGCUUUACGCAACCACUGGGAGGCGCCACUGCACCAUUUCCUUGUCUUCAAUUCUUGCAAGUCAAUGUGCACUGAGCAUAAACGCUUGACUGAUGUAUGAUAAUAUACAUGGUUAUUUGAUGUUAUAAACUUGUAAUUACAAAUUAUAGUUCUGCUAUGUUGAAUUCGUUACAAAACUAGUUUAUGGGUUGUAAAAUAACUUCACCUUGAAGUUAACAAAUGAACAGAGAAUUUAUAUUUUUGUCAUGUGGCAGUGGUCAUAAUAAAGACAAUUAUUAUAGAUA